CAAAGCUGCACGUCUGACGUGCCUGUUCCAUGGCCAUUGCCUGCGCCAGCAGGCGUAACGACGAACAAGAAUUCUGUCGCGCGCUCUGCUGGCCACGAAUACGAUGUUCCCGUCUUCCGGGACGACCUCACUGUCGUACCCGACGCCCCGCAGGGCAACACGUCGGACGUGCCCCGUCAUUCUACGAACCGCCGCACAGUGGGUACAUCGACCCUACUACUCGAUGUACAUACUGUCGACGAGAACGACGCUGCGCCCGGUGUACUUGCAAACGUACCCGGCGCACUCGUCAACCGCUCAUGCGCGUGUGACGGCACCGGGGUACACUCCACCAUGGUGGACCCGGCUUUCACGUCAACGGCUGCAGUACUUGCCUUGGAAGGCAACACAACAAACAGUGAGUUCGUUAUGUGCUUUCCCGGCGUCGACGAGAUACUGGGCCCAUGCAGCAGCACGCCUAUCGUGCUUGCUGCACCGAACUCGCGAGGCAGCGCGUCUGGGCGGCCUCCCAGCUCCACCUGGCGUCUCCCUGUAUACCUAUACCGCCGCACACGGCGGAUACGUCGAGCUCGUCGCUCGAUGCAUUCCCUGUUGCUUUCCCUGGGGGCAUGCACAAUGCGCGUUUGUCCGUGCUCGGAUCCUGCCCACUCCUGUCUCGACUUCUCCGACUCUGCCGCCCACACCGGCACAUGGAACAAUGAGCACCGAGCUCGCUGCGCCCGGUGUUAGCGACCUUGCGGAGCCACCAAAUACGUCCGACGGCCUCGCUAACGAGCCCAGCGCCGCCACGACCCACGACGGUGAUCGGCGCGCAAUCCAGCGCGACCGGCAUGUCUUAUCCUUCUAUUGCAACACACAUAGUACGCAGCGGCGGAUGCCCAGCACUGCACAUCCGACGUGUCCAGUUCAUCUAUGGUUGACUGUCGCAUAGUAUGUCCGGCAUCAUCCCGCCAUGGUAGUGCAGCCAACCGCUGUUGACACUCACUGCGCGAUCAGCAUCUGCCACCAUUGCGAAAUACGCUCCCUGAAGACGCGGAACGUCCUCGUCCACGCCUUGCCACGUCGCUUCGCAUCUGCUUCGCGUCUCUCCGACUCGCACAACUCU